AAAAUCUGAAAUUAUUUAUUAAAAAGAUUUCAUAAAAUCUGACAUUCUUAAUUUAAUGAUCGCUAUGCAUGCCAUUCAUAGUAUAGUUUCAACUAUAUAUUUAGUUGUACACUCUAUUUGAAAGAAAAUUAUAUUUUAUUUUGAAAGCAUUUCUCAUAUUUGUUUUUGAUCUAGAAUUUCAAUCGUCUGAUCUUCAUCAACGAUCCAAAUCUCAACAAUGUUCGAUACCAAGCCAAUUGUAUCGGCAAUGGCCUCAAUUGUGUUAAUGAGGACCAUCACAAAUGAACUCAUUCCUCAUGAGGUCCUAAACAUUUUUCAAUCUGCACUUCAUCAUCUUUCUCGCCAUUUCUCGGCGCAAUUCACCAUAGUUAUUGAAGAAUUUCAAGGAAGGGCAAGAAACCAAGUUUUUGAGGCUGCACAAAUCUACCUAGGAACUAAAGCAACUGUGUCCGUAGAACGAGUUAAAGUCAACAAAUCAGAGGAUCAUAAAAAUCUUUCAUUCAAUAUAGAUAAAAAUGAAGAAGUGAGUGAUAAUUUUGAAGGUAUUAGUGUAAAGUGGAAACUAAUUUGCAUAGAAGUUGACUCGUCACGGAUUCAACAUUCCGAUUACGACUCCUCGCCCCUGUCAGAAAUACGAUCCUAUGAGCUAACUUUUCACAAGAAACACAAAAACAAGAUCUUCGAUUCGUAUUUACCUUAUGUGAUGGAUAUAGCGAAAAAAAUUAAACAAGGAGACAUGGCAAUCAAAAUUCAUUCAAAUUACUAUGAUAGUUGGUCUUCUGAACCUCCUAAGUUCAACCAUCCAAUGAGUUUCAACACUCUUGCAAUUGAUGAAGAGCUUCAAAGGGAAAUUGUGGAUGAUUUGGACAAAUUUGUGAGAGCUAGAGAGUUUUAUAGAAGAACCGGGAAAGCUUGGAAACGCGGUUACUUGUUGUAUGGUCCUCCUGGUACCGGAAAAUCAAGCUUGAUUGCAGCGAUGGCUAACUAUCUCAACUAUGAUAUCUAUGACUUGGAUCUCACCACGGUUGGCGAUAAUAGGGGCUUGAGGGAAAUGAUUCUAGGCAUGUCAAACCGUUCAAUACUCGUGAUCGAGGAUAUUGAUUGCACUAUUAAUUUGCAGAAUCGAGAAGAUGAAGAAGUGGUUAAUAAUGAACACAAUAAGGUAACACUUUCUGGAUUAUUGAAUGCUGUAGAUGGUCUUUGGUCAUGCUGUAAAGAGGAACACAUAAUUGUUUUCACAACAAAUCAUAAAGAAAGACUUGAUCCUGCUCUUCUAAGGCCUGGUAGAAUGGAUAAGCAAAUUCACUUAUCAUAUUGCAACUUUUCAGCUUUUAAGCAAUUAGCCACCAACUACCUUUGCAUUACUGAACAUGAACUCUAUGAAAAGAUUGAAGUGCUUCUAGGAGAAGUUAAAAUUACUCCAGCUGAAAUUGCUGAAGAGCUUACAAAGGAUGCUGAUGCUACAGAGUGUCUACAAGACCUUAUCAACUUCCUUCAAGCCAAGAAAAUGAUCAUGGUAGAGAGAAUUAAAAGAGUGAAGAAAAUAUCAAAGAAGAACAUAAUAAUCAAGAGCAUAAGUAAACAAAGAAGAGAUUAAGAAUGAAGAAAAUAUUAUGAUUUGGCUGAAGAGUCGUAAGCAUGACUUUUAUUAUGAUUUCAACUUGUGGUGGUCUAAUCCAUAUUUAGGGGUUAAAAUUUGACUUAGUUAGGCCUUGAGGCUAUUUUGAUCUCUUUAUUUUUCGUGUAAACUCUUUUUGGUAAGCACACCUUGUACUUAACUCCUGUUUUGUAAUGUAAUAUCUUUCGGUUUGAAUUAGCUUAUUUUUGAGCUUAUAUUGAAUGAGGAAAAGAAAUAAAAAACGAUAUUUUGAUUCACCGACAAUUGAUCAACUAAUUAAGGUUUCAUAGCAAACCUUAUAUCAAGGAACCGAUAGGUUCAGGAAGUUUUGGUUCUGUGUAUAGAGGAAAUCUUGGGACAGAAGAUAAUGUUGUUCUGUAAAGAUCUCGAACCUCCAAAAAAAGUAGCUCAGAGUUUUCUUGUUGAAUGUAAAUAAUUGUUUACUCAUUAAAA